CAGUCAGUUGGCGAUGAUGAUGAUGAUGAUGAUGAUGAUGAUGAUGAUGAUGAUGAUGAUGAUGCUGAGGAUGAUGAUGGUGAGGAUGAUGAUGAUGAUGGUGGUGUUGAUUAUAUUUAUGAUAAAUACUAGCGGAUUAUCGACAGAAUGA